AUGGACAUCAGCAACAAUAGCCAAGAUCACGGCACCCACGAGGCGGCACAGACGGAGAACGACAAUACUUAUAUGCCACCUUCCCCCUCCAUGAGCGAGAGCUCUAUGAUUUUUGAAAGAAACGUAGAGGAUCCAUCAUAUCUUUAUAAAACGGUGUCGAAUAAUGCUGCGAACUCUCUCUCCAGGCAGAGCAGCAGGACCAGCUUGUUCAAUCAUAAUAAUUCUAGUAAUAGGAACUUCCAUAACUUAAGCCAGAGAUCGUCUGCAGUGAAUCUACAUUUGCAACCUUCUAGGACGAAUGAGUCGAUAGCAUCGUACCAGACAUACAAUCCUGAUUUUGUUGUACAGACUCCGCUGGAUCACCGUCGUACCUUAGAGAAUUUCGUCCCUCCUGCAUUAGACGCUGGUUGUUCUAUUGUGACCGACGACACGACUGGACUCGAUGAUGUAGAUAUGGUGUAUUCAAGAAGGCCAUCUACCAUCGGCCUGGAUAGAGCCCUAGGUAGGACAAGGAGUCUUUCCUCACAAUCUUUUGAUAACGAAACGUCGCCUGCGCAUCCGAGAUCUCCUAAUGACCACGGUUCAAGACUAUUAAGAUUUUAUUCCUACGCUGAUAUGUUAUCCGAUGACAACAGCAACAACGUUAGUAAUACGACAUCAACACCAUCCACUGCGAACCCCUUGAGAAGACCCCCUAUGCAAGGUCACUACUCGUUUUCGUCGUCACUUUUGAACUCCCCUUCUCAUCUGCCUUCCCCUCCAUCAGCUUCGGCAUCGCCACCUCAACAUAUGAAUUUCACUAACCCUUUCAUCAUAUCUAGACGUUACUCUAACACAACGAUUAACAACGCCAAUGGAACCAGCGCGGGAAACAGUACAGGGGCUGCACUAUCCAGGUCGCCAUCAAAUCAACAGUACUUGCUUAAACAACAAAGGUCACCCUCUGGGAACGCCCGUUCAAGAAGAAACAGCAACAGGCCGGGAAGUGUUGCCAACAUUAUGAUCGGGAAACCUAAAUCCAAGUUCCAUAUUGAGUCCAGUGGUAGUGAAGGGUUUUCGUCCGAAGAGGAGGACAAUACUAUGGUUGAAAGAGAUAAACUCAACCUAAAGCAAAAAUUGCAGUCGCAAUUGGCACAACCACCAUCGAUUGCCAACAUGAUUAAUGAUAAUCACCAUAAUACUAAUAAACACAAGAAUAAUAUUAAUAAUAACGACAAAAAUAGUCCUACGUUUUCAAACUCAAAUCCAGGUUCAAAAUCAAAUUCAAACUCCACAAUAACCUCUAUGAACCCAGACGGAACCAAAUAA